GCACGCACCAAGUACAGGUAAUCAAAUCAUAGGACUAUACUGAAGGUCGAAAGAACACGGAGACCAUGUUGGAUUCUUAAAGUGAAUAACUCGUGUGAAGCUGACACCCAAAAUGCACCCACGGCGUAGUGCCCAAGAAGUCCUACUGUGUGACCUCUGUGUAACUGUCCCCCUACAGAGUCAUUGUGAACUUUGUCAUAUAAACCUAUGUACUAACUGUGUAGGAAAACACCUCUCCGAUUCGUCCACUACACACAACAUCGUAUCCUUUAAACACAGGAAGUCUACCCCUAACUACCCAAAAUGUUCAGACCACGCCGAAAAACACUGUGAAAUUUUCUGUGAGAAAUGUGACAUUCCAGUCUGUUCUACCUGCGUCACCUCAGGUAAACACAAAGGUCACGAUAUAUCAGAUGUUCUGGAAAAACUCAGCACCAAAACAGAAAGUUUACAAUACGAUUUAGAGGAACUGGAGACCAGACUUUAUCCCCGACAUGAAGAAAUGGCCUCCGAUGUCCAAACUGAGAAAGCGGAGUUAGAGACGAAUUGCGGUAAACUGAUAAUAGCUGCCGAACAACAAGGAGAAGUCUUGCAACGGGAGAUCGCCACCAUCGUUAACCAACGGAAAUCUGUCAUUACGGAGAUGAAAAACAAACAUAUGGCUGUCUUAGAUAAAAACCAAGAUGAAAUCACACUCAGAAUUACCGAACUCAGACAGAUGAUUCAGGACCUGAGGAAAAUACUGGACUCCAAUGAUGUCUCCCUAAUGUAUACGUACAAAUGUAAAAAUGCCGAGUUUAAAAGAUUACCUCCUAAAAUAAAAGUUACAUCACCAAGUAUUCCUCCUCAAAAAUUAAACAAAGAAAAGCUCCGUGAGAUGUUUGGUUCUCUGCCAUCAUUAUCCAUUAAGACAGAAGAACAAGGGUACACAAAGAAGACACCAGAAGCUGUAUCGUCUGCUUCCGCCAAAGCACUGCUUGAUGAACCGCGACUCGCCGCCACCAUAGACACUGGGUAUGAAUAUCUAUCCAGUGUUAGCUGUCUCAGUGACGAAUACGUCUGGACACGUGGGGAUAAGAAAAUCAUGAAGCUCCUCAACCUCCAGAGUCAACUACUGACAUCCAUAAAAACCAAGUCAGGAAACGAGCCACGGGAUAUAACGGUGACACGGGAAAGAGAUCUUGUUUAUACUGAUCCUGAUAAAAGAACUGUAAAUCUAGUGAAGAAUACACAGAUUCAGACCGUGAUCAGACUACGGGGGUGGUUACCACUUUAUAUCUGCAGUUCCUCCUAUGGUGAUCUCCUGGUUACCAUGAUCAGUGAUGAUUACAAACAAUCCAAAGUUGCGCGUUACUCUGGCUCCACAGAGACACAAAGCAUUCAAUUUGAUGGUCACGGUAGACCUCUCUAUUCAUCUGGUGACAUUAAAUACAUCAGCGAGAACAGGAACCUGGAUAUCUGUGUCGCUGACUAUGAAGGUAAAACAGUAGUGGUGGUCAAUCAGUCAGGAAAACUCCGAUUUAGAUACACUGGUCAUCCUUCAAAUACCAAGAAAUCAUUUGAUCCAGUCGGCAUUACUACAGACAGCCAGAGUCACAUCCUGACAGUAGACUAUAGAAACCAUCGUAUACACAUCCUAGAUAAGGACGGACAGUUCCUCCGUUACCUUCAGGACUGUGGUUUACGCCGUCCAUACGGUUUAUGUGUGGACACCAGAGACAACCUCUUUGUGGCUGAGUGGAACACCGCUAAAGUAAAGAAAAUUCAAUAUCUAUGAACAGAAUGCCAACUAAAUCCCAACACUGUGUUACUUACAUCUAUCAACACUGUUGAUUACCACUUUAAACACCUUGUUCAUUACUGAUAUAAACACUAAACGGACAAUUUCCCGUUACCUUGACAA